AUGGCGGCUAACGCUACUACAAACCCCUCGCAGCUGCUGCCGCUAGAGCUUGUGGACAAAUGUAUAGGAUCAAGAAUUCACAUUGUGAUGAAGAGUGAUAAGGAAAUUGUUGGAACGCUUCUAGGUUUUGAUGACUUUGUCAAUAUGGUAUUGGAAGAUGUCACUGAGUUUGAAAUCACACCAGAAGGAAGAAGGAUUACUAAAUUGGAUCAGAUUUUGCUAAAUGGAAAUAAUAUAACAAUGCUGGUUCCUGGAGGAGAAGGACCUGAAGUAUGAGUAGACUUUCAUGACUUAUGCUAGCUUCUGUUUUGUUUUAUAAAGGUGACAAAAUGGAUUUUUUUAAAAACUUUUUUAUCUUGAGAUUCUGUAAUGCUAAGUUUCCCGUUAAAGGGAAAUGCUUUGAAGAUGCAUCUUAAAUGCCAAUUUUUGUAAGUUAAUCAUGAUUAUAUUGGAAUAGAAAGUAAACAGUUUGCUGUUUGAAGACUAAAAUAAAGGUGUUUUUGGU